GAGCCCAACAUCCAAUAUGGCCGCAAAUGCGUAGCUUGGCACGGCGGCGUACAGCUUUGAGCUUCAUUAUCGUUCCGCACGUGUGUUUACGCGCGUCUUUUUGACACCUCGACACGAAAGAUCUACAAUCCAUCCGCAAAGAUGAAUAUGUCAGUGGAAAAAAAGAAAUAUUCUUCGGCGCUGCCCACGAACUGGCCAACUCGCGAAGAGCAGCCGCCAAGGAAGAGCCAGAGCCAACAACAGUUGACGUCCACGGGAAAGGUUGACGUCUUCUACUACAGUCGAGGAGUAAGAAACGAUGCUUCUCUGGUUCCUCCAAUUAGACAAACUGCAUCAAUAUUCAAACAACCAGUGACAAUUUACAAAACCCAAGAAGGCAAAGUAAAAGAUAUCAAACAUGGAAAUCAGGAGAAACCCAAACAGGAAGGAGCCGAUAAAACAGACAGCAAAUACGGCUCCCGAGACAAACCUAAACAGCUGUUCUGGGAAAAGCGGCUGGAGGGUCUGAGGGCUUGCGAUCCCGAUGGCUACGAGUUCGACGGCAUGGACUUGCCAAAAUCACUCCGACCGGUUGGACCUUACAUCACCGAGGAGACGCUGUUGCAAAGCGUUGCCACUGCGCUACACGUGUCGACGCAACCCGUCACCGGACAGACAGGAUCCAAAUCUUCACUCGAGAAGAACCCUGGCGUCUUCUUGAAUCCCGAACAGCCGCUGGUUCAGGCUGUAUCCAUAACAGACGAGGACAUCAAACGACAAGAAGAACGAGUAGCCAGCGCGAGGAAAAAACUGCAAGAGGCAUUACGCUCUAUGUACGCGUGAGUCUAGGAUAUUUUUCAAAAUUUCUCCCUCUAUCUCCUAUUAGCUUGUAAGAGCGUUAUGAAAUCAUGUUAAUCAUCUUUGUAAUAAAUGUUUUCUAAAAAAAUAUCGAAGAGAGGAAGACGGUUUCAGGAGGGAUAGCAGAAAUGCUAGUCACAGUACUUCUUUCAAGGCCCAUCAUACAAUUCAUUCCCUAUACAAUUUCACAGACUAUAUUGUAUAAACAUCGGAGGCAAAUGUUGUAUGAGAUUACUAGAAUAAUUAUUGUAAAUAAUGUUAGGAGUCAUGAUUUUUCAAGACUUGCGAAAAAAGCAAUUGUGAGGCGAUAGGCGGAAAAGUCGAAUUUGAUAUCUAUUUAUUUACAAUACACGUGCAGAGACUGAGAAUCGAAAUAUAUUUAUUACUUGCCUAGAAUUUUCGAAUUAUAUCAUUGUAUGUAAUCAUUGACAAAAAAAAGUAAUUUAAUAAGCAAUUUUCUUGUAUUACAAUCCGUGAUUGUUUUACUGUUACUAUCUUGUUAUUGAGUUCGAUAAAUUGUACGAUGGGUAGACUUUCUUUUAAAUUAUAAUUAAGCUUCUUCUAAUUAAAUUAUUGCGCAAGCAUGAUGAUGAACUUUGAGAUAGUUAAACAUUCUCGAUGAUACUGGUGAAAAGAAAAAUAAUCGUAUUUAUUUUAAACGCAAAUUUAAACGAUUCGACAGAACAAGAACUAUAAUUUAUUGUGACAUUUUAAAAAAGAAGACUAUUAUUUUAUAAAUUGUUUUUUGUAUUCGAAUCAUAAUCGACCUUGUAAAAGUAUGUAUAUCCGAUGCUAACAAUCCGUAGAACAAUUGUAAAUACGAUAGCCUUCAUUAUAUUGUUAUGUACUAUCGACGACUUUUGUAAUAACACGCUUUAUUCGCAUCAUAUCGUUUAUAAAGUUUACAAAAAUGUAUUAUUUGCACAAAUGCAUAGUUAUAAUUUUAUCUCAAACUAUAUGCAAAUUUAAUUUAGGAUAAGAUUCAUCGUUAUAUUUUUUCCGUGGCCAAAACUUGGCUCUACGUCAAUAAAACGACGUUGGUCAAUUAA